AUGAACGAUAAAAAAGAAAUUAAGAAGCCUGCAAUAAACACAUUUAAUCAAGGUAAUUAUAACAAUUCUUUACUAAUAAAGACAACCGAAAACCUGCAAACACCACUUGUAAAACAACCGGUUUUAAGUGUACCAAAGCAAACAAUUUCUUUAUCAUCAACAUUUCCUUCAUCAUCAUCAACUGCGUCCUCUUAUGUAUCACCAUACAAAAGGCCAUCAACGUCUACAACUUCUUUACAAAACAGUAAAUUGGUUCCUUUAACAAAAAUUAAUUCAGGAAUAAAUAUCUUAAAAGAGAUUCCAAAUACUUCUUCAAUGAUUUCAAAUUCAAAACUAAAGAAACUUGGUCCUGGCGUUUUGUAUAUUUUUCAUCAUGAUAUAUUUAAAGAUUCUAGUACAAAAUAUAGAGAAGGAAGUCAACAUGAUGUUCAAAUAUUGAAAAAAACCUUUACAAAAUUUAAUGUCAAAAAUUUUGUAUAUGAGAAUUAUACAGUUAGUAAUAUACAAAAAAUCAUGAAAAGAGUUUCAAAUCAAAAUUUCAAAAAGAAUUCUUGUAUUGUAUUUGCAAUACUAUCACAUGGUAAUCGUAUGGAUCAAAUAGCUGCAUAUGAUGGCAAUUAUUCUAUUAACGAUGACAUAUUAUUUCAAGUUAUAAAAAAUGAAGACUUAAGGGGAAAACCCAAAAUAUUAAUUGUUCAAGCAUGUAAAGGUUCAUUCGAUAUAAGGAAUUUUGACACAGAUGAAGCAGAUAGUAAUACUCAUGGAAAAGUUAAUCCCGGUGUGCCAGACGAAAUUUAUAAAUUUUAUAGUACAUGUGAAGGCUUUGUAUCUUUUCGUAAUUCAACUGGAUCAGUUUUUAUUCAACAAUUUUGUUCGGCUCUAGAAAACUAUGGAGAGAAAAAAAAUAUUAAGGAAAUCAUGGAAUUAACUAUACAGAAAGUAAAAGAUCAAACAGGAAACAAACAAAUACCGUCAAUGUGUGUUAACAACACAGUUCCUUAUAUCUUUGGAGAUUACAAAUAGUUUAAUUUAUAGUUUAAAAAAAUUAAGUAAUAAAAGACAUAAUUAAAAAUUGG